UAAAUAAUCCCAAACCUGACAGUCAAACUCAACCCAAAACUAUCAUUCCCCCUUAGUAUACCUUCCUUCUGUAUCCUCCCAUACACACCAAAACAAUUUCUAGAGCCAGCUUCUCCCUUUUAGCAUUCUCAAUCUUUAGUUUACCAAUUAAAACAAUAUGCACCAAAAACAACAAAGCUGCCUUACCUAGCAGAAGUGAAUACAUCCAUGGCAUUGGUGGUAGAAUGGUACGACUUUGUGUGUUUUGCAAUUGUUGGAGUGUCCAUCCUAGGUGCCUUAUGGGUUCUGUGGACAAACGAAGGGUCCUCGACCUCUCAAAGCGAUUCUAACAUCUUUGUCGAGAGCCUUCUGGUGGCUAAUUCACCUUCGUCGGACAAUAGAGUGGCCAUAGGUCAUGUGAGCACCUCCCAGCUAUGGACCAGCUGUUGGCGAGGAGUGCACCCUCUUGUGCUGUUAACUACGCGUUUGUUUUCCUUUGUCAGCUUAGCCAUGCUAUUAUACUUGGAUAUUCAUGAGUACGAUGCAAGUAUUUUUUACUACUAUACAGAAUGGACUUUCACAUUAGUAAUGAUAUACUUUGCGUUGGGGACAACGGUAUCUGCAUACGGAUGUUGGAAGGUUUUGAACAAACCUCCUCCGCUUCAAAAUGGGGAAAUGACAGAGUUUCUGAGAAGGGAUUUGGAAACUAAAGGUUCCAUCUUCACGUUUCAAAGCCGCUAUGCUGAAGAGGAGUUUGAACAAACAGCAGGAUUCUGGGGUUACCUCAUGCAAAUUACAUUUCAGACCAGUGCAGGGUCUAUCAUAUUAACAGAUAUUGUCUUUUGGUGCGUUAUUGUCCCAUUUUUAUCCAUUUCUCGUUUUAAGCUAAACAUGUUGAUGGGUUGCAUGCAUACCUUGAACGCCAUUUUCCUUCUUUUGGAUACUAUGCUGAACAAUCUUCCUUUUCCGUGGUUUAGAAUAGCAUAUUUUGUGCUCUGGAGCUGCUCCUACGUUAUUUUCCAAUGGGUUAUCCACGCAUGUGGUUCCACAUGGUGGCCAUACCCAUUUCUUGAGCUUAAUAUUCCAUGGGCUCCCUUAUGGUAUAUCUGCAUGGCGCUAGUUCACAUACCUUGCUACGGCAUCUAUUCAUUGAUAGUGAAAACCAAAAUCAAUAUUCUUCACAGAUUCUUCCCUCGUGCAUUUGUGAGGUCAUACUAAUUCGGUUAUCGCUAUAAUAUUAAACUGUAAUUGAGGUUAAGCUGUGAACUUCUAUAUUGCAGUUACAUGUGGUUGCAAUUGCGGUUGUGAUGUCUUUUGAUAGACAUGAAAAACUGUUAUAAUGAGGUUGCUGCCAGCAAUUUAAAACCAUUGUCAGCAUCUGAAAUAGUAAAAAACUAUAAAUGGCUUGUUCUCAUAA